AUGGCUGCCAUCACCGAACCGCCUACCACAGGCCUGCUCAACCUAGAGAAAGAACUUGUCUGUUUCAUUUGCACCGAAAUCCUCUACCAACCUCUUACCUUGCUUGAUUGCUUACAUACCUUUUGUGGCUCUUGUCUGAAAGAAUGGUUUUCUCAUCAGCAUCGCAAAGCCGGUCAUUCACAUUCCUCCUCCGUAAACCCAUAUACCUGCCCAACGUGUCGGGCUCCUGUCAAAGAUGCUCAGCACAAUGCGAUGAUCAAUACCCUCUUGGAAAUGUUUCUGACCGCCAAUCCGACAAAGGACAGGUCAGCAGAAGAGAAGGCCGAGAUGGCACAGGUCUAUAAGCCGGGCGACGAAAUAUUAUAUCGGAGAAGAGACCGAAGAAGGCGUGAAGAAGAGGAUGCCGCAACGAGGGAACGGCGAUCUACAACUGAUGGUCAAUCCGAGAGGAGCAGACGGGAACAACAAUUACAUCCGGCUUCGGCAGAGAGGAGGCACACGACUCGACCAUCCAGUGGCCGUAGUAGAAGUCGUGAGCGCAGAGAAAGAUCAGAACGGCCGAGGGAGUCAGACCGUCGAGAAAGGCGAGAGCAACAACCGAGCGGAGAUGGUGUCGUCCCCCCUCGUUCUCGAACUGCAGGCUCUUCAAGUUCCGCGGAUCUCUCACCCGUGUCCCCUCCGCCAAGUUCCCCAAGACACCCCGACGCCGUGGAAGCACGUCAAAGGGGAGCACGAACAGUUGCUCACCAAGCCAGUUUACGGUCUCUGGUCAGCGCCUCAGAGAGUGGAACUGGCACAGGAGAUAGUCUGAAUGAGGCCCAACUGAUGCAAGAAAUUCUAGCUGAAGGUCUUCUCGAUGGCAUCAACGUUGACGAGCUAACGGAACAAGAACAAGAUGAGCUCAGUGAGAUGAUCGCCGAACGAUAUAGACAGUUACACCCAGAACGUGUACGACGAGCCGUGUCAGAUGAGACCAGGCAUGGCAAUCCAGCGGAUACUACGAGGCAGCCGGAGGUCCAAGUCGAAGAGGCAGAUCGUCGCCUCCGUCAAUCCUCAAGAAAUGGUCAACGACAACAGACACAACCCAGUCCGAGAUCAACUCAUAGUGAGAUCAUUGGAGGAACGGAAACACGACCUCCAACAUCAUUUCCGCAGUCAGCGGCGGAGCAAACGUUGACCCCUCCACACACAACCACGCAUCGACGACGCGCGUCGAACGAAAGUGGAAGAAGUGAUUCUUCGACGACGAGGACUAGACGGCUCUCACAAUCUAGUGGAUCGCGGAACGCCGCAACUAGAUCAGCAAUUGAACUUUCCGAAAGAACUCAGUCUGUUCCAAAUCCGUCGGAUCGCCCCCGACAGCUUUCAAAUACAAACAGAUCAAAUACCGAGCCAAGGAACUCUCCUCGGGCCUCAGAGUUGUGGCAAGCGGCAGGACGUCAAAUUGCUAGCCUGCCACAACUUGAUUCUCCGAACAUAGAGUCUCCGAGAUUAGAUCCUGCUCGUCCUGUGCUGCCCAAUGUGAAUCCUACACCCGUUCCGACAGUUACCUCGACAUCGGAUCCUGCCGCCUCUGCCCCGGAACCAACAACGUCAUCGGAAACGGCUCUUGCGACGAGAUUCGAAGAACCUUCAAUCCAGUGUGCUCGCUGUUCUCGACCGAACAUUCAAUAUGAGGUUUACAAGCAUUGUGCUCCUUGCAAGUUCGAUCUCUGCUUGCGAUGCUAUAGGGUCGGAAGAGGAUGCAACCAUUGGUUCGGUUUUGGUCAUGCGGCAUUGUUCAGGUUCAAUUCCUCACGUCCCGUGAAUCGAGGCAACCAGGCGAUUGAGUUGCCUCAUUUAUUGGUUGGCCGCCGGUAUAAGAAACCUCCGACCGGAACGACUCUUGACAGCAGAGCUCAGGUUGUGACUACAACAUCUGAUCCUACGUCGAGAUUACAAGAAGGAAACUUUUGUGAUCGAUGUGGCGGUUUCGCGAAUGAAUGCUUUUGGUCGUGCGACUACUGCAAUGACGGCGAGUGGGGAUUUUGCAACAAUUGUGUUAACAUCAAUCACUGUUGCAGUCAUCCCCUGUUGCCGGUUGCCCAUAAAUCUUAUGACCCCAAAUCUACGAGUUCACAGCAGGCAGGAGCAGCUACCAACACGGGGCCCGCAACACUCAGUCCUUACAGUGGGACUGGCCGUGCACCGUCUCCUGCUCAGAGUGCUCCCUCGAGUGCAACAUCUGCAAACGGAACUUCUCCUGGCCUUCGAGCUGACUUUGUUCCAUUGGUCAUUACCACGAAUUGCGAUAUCUGCGCUCGACCAAUUUCACCAGAGGAAACUCGGUAUCAUUGUCCUGGACAUUCGACUCCAUCCCCUGAGAGCCCGGAUCAAAAAGGUGACUUCGACAUCUGUAGCAGCUGCUACCUCAGCUUUUUCAAGACGGGUCGAAUGAAACGUGAAGACGGUCCAGAUGGGUGGCGUUUAUGUCUAAAUGGACACCGUAUGAUCGCCGUCACAUUUGAAACGGAUGGAGAUGGUGGUCAGCGGAGAGUGAUCACUCGUGAAUUGGUUGGCGGUGCCAAAAUGACUGAAGCGGAUAUGGCAGCGUGGAAGCUUGCCAAUUCUCAAUUGAACAGUACUCAACAUGUCGAUACAGCAUCAUCCCUUGCCAGCCAAGGUCAAUGGAGCUGGAAAGAAGAUGCAUCGGGGGCGAGACGAGUGACUAGAGCUCGAACCGCCACUCUUCCUCACUCAAGCUCUAAUGCUACAAGAUUCCCGCCCGAUGGCGGAGCAGGCAAGAAUUGUCGUGCACUUUGGAGCUAUUAUCCUGAAGAAGGGGACGAGGGAAAAGGAGAGUUAAUGUUUCCCAAACACGCAGAGGUGUGUGAGGUCGAAGAAAUCAAUGAAGAUUGGUGGUUCGGUGUCUAUGCAGGAGACACGGGCGUUUUCCCUUCCGUCUAUGUCAGGGAGAGGGCAUAG